UCAUCCUUGCCUCCUGUUCGAUCUCCAUCCAAUUUGCCACACUGCAAGAUGGUUUUAGGACCACAUGGCCACCUGUAUCCUCAAGUUAUUUCACUUUUUUGUGCUUUAUUUGGUCAUCUGUUUCUGGAUUGGGAGACUGGUGGAGAUGCUCUUACCUAUACGUUUUUAUGAAAGUUGGUGGUUACCUCCGUAACUUUAAAAAGUUUAGUUGUAUCUGUGUGCUCUGAGCGAACUUUUAACUUUAAAAAGUUUAGUUGUAUCUAUGUGCUCUGAGCGAACUUUUCAUUACCCCUGUAUCUUUUGGACGGAAUAAGCACCAACGGUGGCUAACGGAGAGGGAAAAGAUGGUUUUAUCCUUCUAUCCAGGGGUUAUCUUGAGAGCCAUCAGAUGGCAUUUCAGCAGUAUCGCAAGUACAGUUUUGAUUAUUACACAUUGAUCUUUAUUCACGCCAACUGCAGCUGCAAAGCUUUGGGACCUGCCACGAAUGAUUCAAAGCCCCCUAAGUUCGCCAUACAAGUGAGUGUCCAAUUUGCAAAUCGGGCUUAUACUAUAUUAUAGACAGCCAAUCUAACAGCAAAUCAUAGCCUGCCAACGUCGACGUUCCGGAAGCUGCCGCCGAGCAACGUCAGGAAGGCCGCCACCAUACACCCUCCCCUCAGGGACAGCGACCGCCCCUCCCUCUCUGCUCCUCUCCGGCGGUGGCGCGGCCGGCGCCAAGGACUUCAUGGAGUGGGGGCCGGCCCGAUCAUGCCCGCAACCGCGCCACAGCGGCGCUGCUGCGAGGCCACCAGCGUGGCAUGCGCCGCGCAGAGGCCGCUCCAGCCGCGCGCGAACUUCUUGCAGCCGCCGCCGAAGUUGCAGCACUUGCCGCCGCCGUGUGCCUUGCAGUAUUCGCUUGCCGCCGCCGGGUGCUGCCCUGGGCGCUCUUGCCGCACCCUUGCCGCCGUGCUUGACGCACCAGUCUGUGCGCUCGCGCGCCUGGGCACCACGCUCCGGUUCCCGACCCCGGCCCUGCAGCUGCCUCCCCGUGGCAGUGGCGCAAUAGCUCUGUGGCGAGCAGCAACGCGAGGAGGCCGAGCUCCUGCGCGAGCUUGCAGCCGGGAUUGGUGGCGGGCGCGACGAGGAGCAGCGUGAAGGCCGGGACUGUGGAUGUAAGCAGUAGCGGAAGCGACGGGCGGCGGUGGCGCCUGAGCUGGGCGGCGAUGCUAGGUUUUGGGCCAGCCGCGACGGGGCCAGAGGGGCUCGCUUGUGGGAGCCUGGGAGGGGAUCGGAGAUAGGGUAGAUGGGAUGAGGAGCAAGAUGGACAAUUCACUAGGUGGGUCCCACCUAUCAGGGCUCUUCAACCGUUAUCUUCUAACAGAAUGUGGACAGAAGGGCAUACGGGUAAAGAAAAGUUCGCGCAGGGGCAUACAGGUGCGACUGAACUUUUUAGGGGGACGCGAUAUACAUGGUCGCAUUUACUUGAAUGAGCAGGGAAUCAACGCUCAGUACAGUGGUCCACACAAAGAUGCAGCGGCAUAUGCAGACUGGGUUAAAAAAGAUCAUCGGUUUUGUGAUAUGCUUGUUCAAACCUCACCAGCUUUAGCUGGGCAUGCCUUUCCUCGAUUGAAACUCCGGUACAAGCCAUCACUUGUUCAGUUAGAAGGAGGGAGUUUGCAUCUUCCAUUGCUGGACCCUAGCAUGCGUGCAAUGCCGUUGACGCCGUCAAAGUGGAAGGAAAGACUUGAAGCUAGGGCAUGCCUUGAUGUGUCCUCAAGUGAAAUGUCUGGAAGGAAGCUUCUGCUGCUUGAUGUCAGGAAUGACUAUGAAUGGGACGUUGGGCAUUUUGAAGGUGUUCAGCGGCCUAACGUGGAUUGCUUCAGAAGCACUUCCUUCGGGCUGUCAGGAGAGGUGUCGGAUCCUCUGAAUGGCGUAGACAAAGAGAAGACAGAUAUACUGAUGUACUGCACCGGCGGGAUAAGGUGUGAUGUAUAUUCAACAAUUCUCAGAUGCUGGUGGUGGUUGUGCAGGAAGAAGGGCUUUCAGAAUCUGUAUACACUGGAGGGGGGAGUGUCCAACUAUCUCAAGGCGGAGGGCCCCGCGGGGUGGGUGGGGAAUCUGUUCGUCUUCGAUGGCCGGCUAUCGCUGCCGCCGGCGACGUUCAGGCGGCCUGCUGCUUGUUGGCCAUCAUCACCAUCAGAAGAAGAGAAGGAGAGGAGGUGGGUGGGGCGCUGCUAUGCGUGCGGAUCGGAGGUGGUGGAGCUGCGCCACCGCAACUGCGCCAACAUCGACUGCAACCGCCUUUACAUGUCCUGCGGGUGGUGCGCCGAGGAGCUGGCCGGCUGCUGCUGCUCCGACUGCAAGGCCGCCCCUCGGCUGCGGCCGCUCCUGCCGGGCCACCAGAGAUACUUGAAAUGGCAUGUCUACCGUGAUGGAUUGUUGACGCCGGCGGCCACCGACGCCGACUGCUGAUGCUGCUGAGAGUUUAGUCAGUAUGCUAGUAGUUGAUUGAUUAAUUGAAACCAAUCGCCGACAAGAACACAGCAUAUUCGUGCAGGCAACAUACUCCAGAAAUCAAAUCGAACGGCAUACUUUCUGCUCGGCUCCUCGUGCUAUUAUUCUAAAUCCAAAUAUCCAUUCCCGGUUCCAAAUUAUAGAUCAUUUUGGUAAUAUCUAGAUACAUUAAUUUUGUA